AUGUCUAUUGAAGUGGUAGCUUCAAUGUGGCGGAAUGCUGAAUGCCCCGCGGCAGACGAAGGUUCCGUGUUAUUGCAAAAGAUAUUUCCCCCAGCAGACGGGGUUGCGACAGCCAAAAGAAAGAGGAAAAAGAAGAGGAGGAGGGUACUUUAUGAUCAAUAUCUUGCGGAUUCGGGUAGUGAGUGCUCUACCGGGUCAAGUGAGGGAGGGGGUGAGGUUCUGAAUGCGUACGAGUUUGAGGAGUUUGAGCCCGGCAUGGACAUCAAUGUUCUUAUUCAGCAAACUGUGCAAAAUGUUGCACAAAGCGUUAGCUUGGAGGAUUAUGAUGGCCUGUCGCAAUUUGGUGAUUACGACUUGAUAUGUUUUGCUGCUGCGGUGAAGCACAACAGCUCCAUUCUUUCACUUCAGAUAAGGUACCUUGACGUUUCUGAUGUGUCGCUUGUGCCACUUUGCCGUGCAUUGGAGGGUCAUCCCUGCAUCCGGGCCUUGGAUCUAUCAGGCACGCGAGGUGGAAACGCCACCAUUAAGGCUGUGUUUCGUCUUGUUUGCACCAACCCGAAUAUUUUGUUCGUCCGCUUGGACGAUACAAUGGUAGCUUCCCAUGAUGCUGGGGAAAUAGAGCUUGCAACUCGAUAUAAUGCACUAGGGUGUCCCGAUCCGACGAAUAACCCAUUUCACUUGGGACUUUUGCGCAAGAUUGGUGACAUGGAGGAGGAAAAGCAGAAGUAUAAGGAGCAGCUGUCGGCGCACUCCUGGCUUUUUUCGGAUCAUACUGGUGGCGCUGCGAAUCAAGCGACGAAGAGGACGAAGAAGUUUCUAUUUGCUGAGAAAGUAGCUAAGUCACGUAUCGGUGCCGAUGUCUGUGCACAGUUCAUGAGUGGUAGAUGUAACUAUGGCUCGCGUUGCAGGUAUAUUCAUCCUGAUAAAACAGCGGCACUCCAGAAUGCCAUUACUUUAAGUCAAUAUAAAAUAUCGAAGGAAUUGGAAGGGGAUGUGAAUUCUCUGAGGACCUGCGCCGCUCUUCUUAGUUCUGGUUCCAAAAUGAGACUACAAAGCAGAUUGCGUCCUGCAAAGUUUGCAUUGAAAGAGCAUGCAUGUUCUCGCAUUGUGGCUGAACCGAAAGACGUCGAUUCUUGCAGUGAAGUGGAUGAUUUUUCUACGCCAAACGUUGUGUGGGCGCAUGCAGUUUGGAUUCUUUCUGUUACUGUUGUGGUUUGCAGUGUUGUCGUGGCUGUAAAUUAUUGA